AUGUUAGAAGUUACUUGUAAUGAUAGGUUGGGAAAAAAGGUUAGAGUCAAAUGCAAUCCUGACGACACAAUUGGCGACCUUAAAAAGUUAAUAGCUGCACAAACAGGAACUAGAUGGGAUAAAAUUGUCCUUAAAAAAUGGUACACCAUAUUCAAAGAUCACAUAAAAUUAGUUGAUUAUGAAAUUCAUGAUGGAAUGAAUUUAGAAUUAUAUUAUCAGUAA